GCUGCAUCACUGCUCCCAUUUGCCUCACACACACAGGUAGACAGUGGGAGAUCUGGCUGACUGCACCAACCUGCAUCAUGUACACAGGUGAAUAUUCACACCCACCUUUCCUCUGAGCCCAGCAAAGGCUCUGCCAGAGGGAUAUUUUUCUUUACAACAGACAGCAACCCUGGCAGUGAUGCUGAGAAACAGGAAGCAGGUGAAGGAGAUUUUCGCUGUGGUGAUGGUGAAUUGAACAAUCUGGAGUCUACCUUACGGCAAUGAAGCUCCCAGACCAAGAGCCAGCCUUUUAUAUUUGCUGUCAUCACACACAUGCAGUAAACUUGUAAAGCACCAGCUUUUAUCAAGCAUUUCUCGCCUUAUUGGAACCAUUUCACUGUACCAGCAAGUCUUCAGACAUUUGCCUUUUUCCAGGUGCUUUCCUUAUCUGUGAAAAGCAUCUUCUUCAGAUUCUCCAGUUUCCUUCUCACUCCAGAGAACCUCCAAAUUCCCAAAUGAUGCGGACAGAGAGCAAAGGCCGAAGUGCCUCCCCUCACAGGAUAACGUACAAAUCUGAUUUUCAUGCUAUCAAAUGCUCAUUCGAUACUGGGACCAGUUUACAAUCAGGAACCAAAGCUGCUUCUGCCCAGCACUCUGCCCAGCACUCUGCUGUGCACCCUAACAAGCUGGAGUCCAGUUUGUCAGAACCCAUAAUGUCCUACACCAGCACCAGUGGCAGCACAGGCUGCAGAGGUAGGAUCCACAGCACCAGAGGGACCAAAAUCAGAGACAACAUCUUUCUUCAAAUGGAUAGCCAGCAGUUGAGACAAGAGAAUAGCCCAGUGCUGAAUUCUGGUUCCACUGUGCUUAUUUCUCCCCAAAAUCCUAGUGUGCAGCUCCAAACUUCACCUUUUCCUGGCUGCAGACGUUCAGUCAUCAGUUCCUCAUCUGUUCUGACCACUGUAACAAGUAUUUCUACCCCAGAGUCCUCUCUGAAAGAUAAACCAUCCAGACCAGAGGAAAUUGCAGAUAUUGAUCGAGCUGCUCUGGCUCAGAAGUUCUCUGUAACACGGAGGUUGUUUGAGAGCAAGACAAUAGAGGUUGGAGGUGGUGGGGGCCAGGUUUCAAAACCUGUGAUUGGCAGGGGAAGCAAGGGAAUGGCAGAUGGGAAAGGAGAAGUCCACAAUGUAGUAAAAGUGGAAGAGGGAAGUGGGAAAAGGAGGAACACAGAAGAGGAUGGCUUAGAUAAAGACAAAUCCAUAAACCAUAUUGUAAAUAUCUCCUUGCUGAAGCCUCCUGCACCUUCAUCACUGGCAAGGUGCCAUGAAUUCCCCAUCUCAGACUUUCCUGGCGAAGCAUCCAACAAGUCUUCCUCAUAUUUUGAUGAACAUGAUCAAACCAAAGCAUCACAAGCAGAGGGUGAAACAUCUAGUCUUGAACCCUGCUUGACCCCUGAGGAGACACUCAGGGCAGAACUAGUCAACAUAAAAAAUGAGUCAUCAGAAAGUGAUGAGAAUGAAGAAGGGAAGGAGUGGAAAGAGAAUAAAUGCUGGAUUAACAAUGAGGUAACAUAUAUUAGUAUAGCUGCAGGAGAAGCAUCCCUAGUGGAUGACGUCUUUGAGGAGCCCAGUGUGGAAACACCAGAACCUUACACAUUGGAAAAUGGGGUGGAACUGCAAGUAGGAAAAGAUGGAGCAAUCAUUUUAUCAGAAGACCACCAGAAGGAGUUUUCAGUGGGCUUGCAAAAUAAAGGAGGAACCGAGGAUGGCAGGGAAGUCGGAAGAGACAAGUAUCCACAGGCAAGUGAACAAUGGGAGGGUGAAAGGGAGGAGCAGAGCAGGGAUUUCCUAGCAUGGGCUAAGAAGGAGUCAACAGAAGAAAGAGACAACAGGGAGAAAAUGACGGAUGCAGUGGUGGAAGAAAGUGUUGGUGGAACUGCGAGGGUCAUCAUGCAGGAGAAGGUUUACAACGAGGCUGAGGGAAAGAGCAAAGGUGGAGAUGAGGAAUGUAGACAAAGUAAAGAAAAGGAAACUGGGAAAGAAGGAAAAAGUAGGAGGGAAGGAGGCCAAACACCAGAGCUACAAGAGGAGUUUGUCACUGAGGAAGUCAAGCAUGUGGCAGGAGGAGGCAGUGAUGGAAACACUGAAGUAGGUGGAGGCAAGGAGGCCCAAAAAGGAGGUGCAUUAAUCAGUGGCAUUGAGAACAAGGCGUUCGCAUACGAUCAGGAAUCCCAGUCCCAUCCAGAGCUUUCUGCAUCGCUAAGACAAGACUGGGAAAAAUCCCUGCAUACAGAAAACCAGCUUUUAUUGGAGUAUGAAGAAAUUCCUGGUGUGCCUGAACUGUCCCACGAGGAGAAUGAGGAUGGAUCUGCAAAGAGGAAGGUUAGGUUCUCCUCGGCACCAAUCAAGGUGUACAGCACCUAUUCUAAUGCAGAGUAUGACAGACACAAUGAGGAUAUUGACCCAGUGUCUGCCUCGGCUGAGUUUGAGCUAGAGAAGAGAGUGGAAAGGAUGGAUGUGUUUCCAGUGGAGAUAGAAAAGGGCGGAGAUGGACUUGGCAUCAGCAUCAUAGGGAUGGGUGUGGGUGCUGACCAGGGACUGGAAAAACUCGGAAUCUUUGUCAAGACAGUCACUGAAGGAGGAGCGACACAGAAGGAUGGAAGGAUUCAGGUGAAUGACCAGAUAGUGGAGGUGGAUGGAGUGAGUUUAGUUGGAGUGUCCCAGCUGUUUGCAGCCACAGUCCUCAAGAACACAUCAGGUCUCGUCAAGUUUUUGAUUGGUCGAGAGAAGGGGGGAGUGGAGAGUGAGGUGGCACGACUGAUAAACGAAAGCCUGGAGAUGGAUAAAAGCAAAAAGAGAGAAAGAGAUGGCAGUGGAGCGGAGGGCAGUGAUAGCAGCAUGUCAGAGAAGGGCUUGGUGUUUGAAGAAGAAGAAGAGGAGGAGGAGGAGGAUGAUGACGAAGAGGAGGAUGUGUCUGCUCUUUCAUGUCUAGACAGCUACCAGCUCUGCCUCAAAUACCAGCAGCUUCAGUCAAAACUAAGAAGCAAAGCAACCCAACUCCAGCACACCAGAGCGAAGUUAAAGGCAUGGGAGGAGCAGCAGGCCUGUUGGGAGAGCCAGAAGGCUGAGUUGGAGCAAAGAGUGGAGGAUGGAGAGGACAAAGCGGACAAACUAGAUAAGUAUUGGCAGGAGGCCCAGACACUGUGCAGAGUUGUAAGCCAGCGACUGGCUGAUGCCCAGAACCAAUCAGAGAGCCUGGAGAUCAAAUAUAAUAAGGCCAAGAGACUGGUCAGAGAAUACCAGAGCAGAGAGGAAGAGGGGGAGAAAAGGGAGGCAGAUCUGAGGAGAGAAGUGGAAGAGAGAGAGAGGCAGCAUAGAGACACAAUCGAAAGGCUUCAAAUCCAGAUUGCACAGCUAGAGGGAAGAGAGCCAGUACUUGAGAGAAAGAACCACUCCACUGACUCUUCAAACACUGACUGGUCUAUUCCAGUACCUGACACCAGACGCUUAGACUCCAGCGCUCACAUAGCCAGGGCUCAGCUAGCCCAGAAAUCCAAGCGCCACCCACCUUCACGAGACAAACUCAGAGAAAGCUUCAGAAAAGGGGAAGAAGAGGUCCAGAAAACACAAGAGGGACAUUCGCUGUCUGCUUCCACAGCAAUCCGAACCAGUAGAAGCGACAUGUCCAGCAGCACCUCAUCGUUCCCAGCCUUCAGUCCUCAAGCUGCCAACAACUCCGUCUUCACCCCUCCCAUCUACAUCACGGAUACUACCCCUUCCUCACCAAGCAAAUCCUCCGCAUCUCGAAAAUCCAAACGAAAAUUUCCCGACUUCAGUGGCCUUCGCAAGUCUCUCAGCAAAAGAAGAAGUGAAAAACGCAGCAGGAGGUCAAUGAGCAACAGGGCAUCCAGUGAUGACCUGGUGGACGAGCCCACUGAAGUCUCUCCAUCAGGCUCAGUCACCUCCAUGCCCUCUUGCCUGCCCUUUCCCUGGUUUGGAGAGCGAGGAAGAGAAAAGGAAGAGGAAGGGGAGAGUAGGAGGGAGCGACUUCGGUCUGUGUCCAGCAGCAGUCUGCCGUACUUGACCACCUCAGGGAGAAGACAGCAGAGUAUUGGCUCUCCAGUGGGCUGUUCCAGUAUGGUGGGUCAUGUGUCUGAUCACUCCCUCUCUGGACACUCUCACACUUUCACCUUUUCUUCCACUGAGACUCUGGACGACGACCCAGUUCCCACUAACAACAAUCAGUGGCAGAGUCGACCCAUCUUGGAGUGGAACAACCAGCAGGUGUGUCUGUGGUUAAUCGCCAUGAACAUGGCUAAAUACACAUCAGAGUUUGCUGCCAGAGGUGUGGACGGCACACAGCUUCUCACCAUGGACAGUGAGAAACUCAAGGCUUUGGGCGUGUGCAGUCAAAGCGACCGAUCUGCCCUCAAGAAAAAGCUUAAGGAUAUGAGGAAAAGAGAGGAGAGAGACCAGAGGAGAGGAGAGAAGAGGCUAAAAGAGGAGAAGGAUAAAGAAAAUGUCGACACAGACGGUGAAGGCAAAGAAAAGUCAAGGAUAACGAGUGAGGAGAAGUCCCUGAAAGACGUCAGACGCAGUGGGAAAACUGUAAGAACUGAGUCGCUCUUGUAAAGGAAAGGUGGAGAUAGUGAAAUAUACACCACCAGCAUGAGGGUGUGUUUGCAGUCUCUCACAAUCAGAAAUAUACUUUACUACUGAAUUAAUAGAAACGUCUAGAUCUACUGAACACAUCCAUGUUCACAUAGAUUUUAAGGGUCAGAGCAUCAAAUCAGCACCAAGGUUCAAACUCACAGCAAUUAUCUGCUAGGUAAUCCAUUAAGUGUGUAAGAACUCGUCUUUUUUUUUUUUUUUUUUUUUAAAUC